AUGGAUUCAGCAUCAGGAGCCGGAGCACCGGACCCGAAUGGAGGAGAGGGUCCAUCAUCGACAACUGCUAUUGGUGGUGGUAGUGGAGGAGGAGGAGCCACCGCAGAGGGUAGUGGAUCAGCAUCAGCACCACCACCGAGUCGGUACGAGUCGCAGAAGCGUCGAGACUGGAACACUUUCUUGCAGUACUUGAGGAACCACAAGCCACCGUUGACACUAGCACGGUGCAGCGGAGCUCACGUGAUCGAGUUCUUGAAGUACCUUGACCAGUUCGGGAAGACGAAGGUGCACGUGACUGGUUGUCCCUACUUCGGCCACCCUAACCCUCCGGCACCAUGUGCUUGCCCUCUGAAACAAGCUUGGGGCAGCCUUGACGCGCUCAUCGGACGGCUCAGAGCCGCCUACGAGGAGAACGGUGGGAGGCCAGAAGCGAACCCCUUUGGUGCCAAAGCGGUGAGGAUAUAUUUGAGGGAGGUGAAAGAAAGUCAGGCCAAGGCCAGAGGGAUACCUUAUGAGAAAAAGAAGCGAAAAAGGCCAACGCCCACGGCCACUACUGUGGCAGAGAAUGUUGGUGGUGGACGUAGUAGUGGUGGCGGCGGUGAGGCUAGUGGCGGUGGUGCUGCUACUGAAACAUUAAGCUUCAGGUGCCUCCCUCCUUUAUAUCCUGAUGAUUGA